GAAGGGAUAACAAGCCCGAAACAGCGAACGAGAAGCCACAAAGAUGGCUUCAUCCCUCAGCUUCCACGCCGCCGCACUCCUCCCACCGUCCUCCGCCGUCCCUCCCAAGUUCCUCCGCCGCCGCUUUCCUCCCUUGUCUUCUUCCGCUUCUUCCAGUGGGACCCUUGGGAUCUAUUCGCGUUUCGAGCGGCCUCUGGAGGACGUGUACAACGUGCGGGUGGAGCGACGGCUGUCGAGGGAGCGGCUGGCGGAGCUUGGCGUCGACCGGUGGUUGGUGUGGAAGACCGGAGGGCGCUGCCGCCUCCCCUGGGAUUGGCACGUGGACCAGCAGGUGUACGUGGUCAGCGGCGAGGUCAGGGUAGUUCCCGAGGGUGCCAAGUCCGGCGAGCGCUUCAUGCGUUUCGUCGCUGGCGACCUCGUUCGCUACCCCAAGUGGUUCGAGGCCGAUCUCUUCUUCGACGGCCCCUAUGAGGAGCGUUACCGUUUCCUUGCCUAUGGUGAUGAAUGAAUCGACCCCAUGAAGAUGUUGAGCAAGAAGUGCAGUAAAGAAUCAGCAGACAUCUGCUGAGCUUGCGAAUUCAGCAGAAACCAAGAGUGGAAUGAGAGAUGCCAACACAGUCAUCAUUUGUAGGUUUCAUAAGCGGAAUUGUUUGCGAACGACGAGUCUCAUAUGUAACUCGUUACUUUUAGAAGUCUGAAUCAUUCUGAAUGCCGUCUGCUUGGAGCAGUUAUGAAAACUUGGAACGUUGGAUUCAAGAAUAGAAAUUUAGUUCUUUUAGAUAUAUA